UCAGAGGACUACCUGUAGAGGCUCACGGCGCUGCGCAUAAAUAGUCCCCCUCCUGAGAUCGACCUCAGUCCUGAGGGAGAGACAGGGGCGACAGUUGGUUUAGGUUGAUCGACUUUCAGUGGAUUAUGAACGCGUUUGGACACCAACCUUCUACCCAGCAGAGCAGCCCCAUCCAGCACAGCGCGCAGGAGAUUCUGGACAUGGCUGUAUACUGCGACAACUACGGCGUCUACCAGCAGAAUCUCCACCACCAUCCCCCCCAGAGGCCACCUCCUCACCCACCCAGCUAUGGCCUCGGAGAGUACACCUCCCAGUCCACGAACCCAUACCUGUGGCUAAACGGACCGGGCAUCAACUCGUCUCCUUAUCUUCCUGGGAACAACAGCGCGUCCUACCUCCAGUCUGGAUACGGGUCGAACCAGAGGCAGUUCUUGCCGCCUCCAACGGGGUUCGGAGGAGCAGAUCUGGGCUGGUUGUCCAUAUCCAGCCAGCAGGAGCUCUUCAAGAUGGUCAGACCGCCGUAUUCCUACUCUGCUCUCAUAGCCAUGGCUAUUCAGAACUCUCAGGACAAAAAGCUGACUCUCAGCCAGAUUUAUCAAUACGUUGCUGACAAUUUUCCUUUCUAUAAGAAGAGUAAAGCAGGAUGGCAGAAUUCAAUUCGCCACAACUUGUCGCUGAAUGACUGCUUUAAAAAAGUCGCCCGUGACGAGGAUGAUCCAGGUAAGGGGAACUACUGGACGCUUGACCCCAACUGUGAGAAGAUGUUCGACAACGGAAACUUCAGGAGGAAGAGAAAGAGGAGAGCGGAUGCCAAUGGCGUAGAGAGCGGCUCUCCGUGCGUCAAAUCAGAGGAAACCCCUCACAAACUCUCCGACACCGCCAGUCUGCUCAGCUCCUCUCCGCCCAGCCUGCACGGAUCCCCGGCCUCCACGGAGACCAAGACCCCCCCGCCCCCCUCCGGGGACAAUAGCCCGUGCUUCAGCAACUUCGUGUCCACAGUGAGCUCCCUGCUGGCGGCCAGCGGGGCCAGCGAGAGCCCGCGAAGCGGUGGCGGGGAACGGGACUGCGGCGCCACGCACUCUGCGGGGCUGGCGCACACCCGGGAGGGCAUGUCCGGACUGGGUUCCUACUCCCCCACGUUUGUGUCUCCCCUGAACUCUGACAACAGCAGAAUGAGCUAUUAUCCAUCAAUGCAAAGCCUCUCCAACCACUUCAGUGUGAAUAACCUCAUAUACAGCCGGGAGGGCACAGAGGUGUAGACUUUUGAUCAUUUUUACGCAUUUCUGAGACCCUGCAGCAUCCAUCAUCCUCACAACAAAGUGCCUUUAGCCAACUGUGUUCUGUUUUUUUGUAAAUGAUCAUACAUCUGACUUCUUUUUGUUUGUUUCUGAUUGAAAUUGCUCGUUUUGGAGCAAGUUUUGUCUUAAAAUUGAACCCUCCGGUGUACAGAAAUUAUUUUCAUAAGAGAAACCAUGUAUUUUAUUUAAACUCACGUUUGAAUAAAAGUCGAUUGUUUUGACAGCAAAUUA